GCCCAUCUGAUCUGGUAAAUAUGGCAUUUCCAAUACAAAAGGUUCUAAAACUUGCGCAUUCGACGUUUUCUAAGUUGUCAAAAGGGGUGAAUGUUGAUGCAGGGACCUUGUCGCCAAUUAAAUCCCUUCUGAAUCAAAUCAGAGCAUCCGAUGUCGACUUCGAUGCGUCGAACUUUCGGGGAAGACAAGCACCUGUUACUUAUGUUAAGCUGUACGAGGACAAAGUGAUGAGUGUUGGCAUUUUCGUUAUGAGAAAAGGCGCAAAGUUGCCCCUCCAUGAUCAUCCAGGGAUGUAUGGUCUAUGUAAAACUAUUCAUGGAGAAAUGAAAGUUGAAAGCUAUAGUAGGGCGGUUUUGUCGGAUGACGUAUUACGGAGGAAAAUGAAUACCCUUCCUUUUUCUAAUGUAAUCCCUGUGAAUAAAAAGGACAGUGCGUGUUUAUCGGAGGAGGAUGAAUGUUGCGUUCUGACACCGGAAUCCGGUAAUUUUCAUGAAAUCAAAGCCAUUGGUGAUAUGGCAGCGUUCUUGGACAUUUUGGCUCCACCGUAUGACUAUGAAACUAUGACAAGAACAUGUCAGUAUUAUACACUUUUGGAGGAGACUGAUGAAUUAAAUGAUUUACAUGUCCAGUGGUUGAAUGAAAUUGAUGAACCGAGAGAUUUUUGGUGUGACAGUUCAGUUUACACAGGACCACCGCUACAUGACAUCUAGAUUUGUUAACUUUUUAUCUUAACCUUCAAAUGAGUUUUAGCAUCUUUCCUUAUUUGACAUCUAUUCUUUGACAUGCAUCAUUUGUGAAGGAAACAGAUGUUUAAUUUAAUAAGGCAUUAUAUACAUUACAUAAGUAUAUAAUAUUAGGGUUGAUGAAAUUUCACAUCAGGGUUUGGGAUAGAUCUAUUUUAAUUUAAAUGUCCUCUCACUGUUUUCCAUUACUUUUGAACUCUGUAAAGAAGUACAAUUAUAUUAUAUUUGGACAACAUGGGAACCUAGACCAAGGAAUUGGUAUUUCUGGGGAGGUGUCCUAUAAUCAUUUCUUGAUUUAUUUUUCUACAAAAGGCAGAAUAUAAGAUAGUGUGAAAUUAUCUUCAAAAAUUCCAAUUACUGGUAUUAUUUUUAAUGCCCUUGUAAUUUUUGUCCAACUGGAUGCCUUGCUUUUGUUCUGAAACUGCUUUUGUAUCAUGUACUCCAAAUUUGGUCAUCAUCCUUAUACCCCCCUCCCCUUCCCCCCCCCCCCCCCCCCAAAAAAAAAAUCUGUAUAAUUUUUAAAUAAUUCCUGUUCUAGGCUCUCUUUUUCUAUUCUAGAGAUCCAGUCUAAAUAUUAACCAUAUGUAAUAGUGUCAUAUUCUUAUUUGAAAGUAAAACUGUAGAAUUUAUGGUAUGCUUAAUGACAAGAAAUUAUUUUUUAAUGUAUUGUCAAUACAGAUAUAUUGAUUCAUAGCAAAUUAUGGUGACUAUCAUGACUUAUGACAUUGUUCUGUAUUUCUACUUAUAUUGCUGUGUUGAAGGUUGUAUCACAUUACUUUGAUUUUUUUUAAAUCUUCCACUUCCUUUAAAUGUGACAUGAUUUUGGCAUUUAUAUCAAACAGAGGUUACUCAGUUUAUGCUAUCCGGUGUUUGCAGAAGAGUAAAAUUUGAAAAGACCUUUUUUUU